AUGUCCAAUGCUUCAGAUGCCCGAAAUGUUACACAACGUAGUCUUGAGAAUAAAGUCGAGUGUCUCGAAGAUAUCGUGCGAUUUUAUCGGGAUCCCAACAGGCCGGUGCACAAGAUAUGGACGAGUUCAGAAUGCUCAAAAUACUAUUUGUGUCUGGAAGGUGAAGUAUUCAAUUUCAAAUGUUCCGAGGGUCUGCUAUUCGAUGUGGUACGGCAGAUAUGUGAUUUUAAACAAAAUGUGGAUAAUUGUGAUAUAACAGCAGAAACUCCCGUACCAAAACCCCUGCUUGAUGAAGCUGAUUGCCCGGAAAAUGAAUGGGCUUGUGGUGAUGGUACAUGCCUGCCGUCGGAAUAUUUUUGUGAUGGUUCUGUUGAUUGUCCCGAUGACUCGGAUGAGGGUUGGUGUGAUGCUGAUAAUGAUCCAAAUGCUGCCGAAACAUGUGAUCCAAAAAAUUGCCACUUACCCGAUUGUCAUUGUUCGAAGGAUGGUACCAUAAUACCCGGGCGGUUGGAAGCACACAUGGUGCCACAAAUGAUAUUGCUGACAUUUGAUGAUGCAGUGAAUUUUGAAAAUUGGGAACUCUUUUCGAAAGUGUUAUUCAAGGGACAGCGGCGCAAUCCCAAUGGAUGUCCCAUUCGGGCCACCUUCUUCGUCUCACAUCCGUUUACAAAUUAUCAAUAUAUACAGAAGUUGUGGAAUGAUGGUCACGAAAUUGCCGUACAUUCGGUGACGCACCGUGGACCGGAAAUGUUUUGGUCCCAUAAUGCCACCAUAGAAGAUUGGUUCGAUGAAAUGGUGGGACAGGCGAAUAUAUUAAACCGUUUUGCCAGUGUACGCAUGGAAGAGAUACGCGGUAUGCGUGUUCCAUUUCUACGUGUCGGCUGGAAUCGACAAUUCCUAAUGAUGAAAGAAUUUGGAUUCGUUUAUGAUUCAUCAAUGGUGGCACCAUUCUCGAAUCCUCCCCUAUGGCCAUAUACAAUGGACUAUAAAAUGCCCCACAAUUGUAUUGGCAAUAAACAGAAUUGUCCAUCGCGUAGCUAUCCUGGCAUUUGGGAAAUGGUCAUCAAUCAGUUGGAAGUUGGUGAAUACACUUGCACAAUGGUGGAUAGCUGUCCGCCACAUUUAUCGGGCGAAGAUAUAUAUCGUAUGUUGACGCAUAAUUUCAAACGACAUUAUCUAUCGAAUCGUGCACCGUUGGGACUGUAUUUUCAUGCCAAUUGGUUUAAGAAGGCGGAAUACUUGAAUGCAUUUUUGAAAUUUUUAGAUGAUUUACAAAAAUUACCCGAUGUUUAUUUUGUGACCAAUCAACAAGCCAUACAAUGGAUGCGUACACCGAUCCGCACAAAUAUGUUACAUCAAUUCGAGCCAUGGUCGUGUAAACCGAAACACUUAGAUCUCAACGAAAAAGUUUGCAAUAUACCAAAUACGUGUAAACUUCGGAGUAGGGUAUUGCAACAGGAUCGUUAUUUAUACACAUGUAAAGAGUGUCCGCCACAAUAUCCCUGGAUACGUAAUGAAUUUGGUUUAGAUUAAAAAUGU